AUGGAACUCUCGUGGGAUCUUGUUGGUUUUGAAGAGUUACAGAAGAAGAACAGGGAAUUAAGUCAAGAGAUCAUGUCUAUUGUCAACAACUUCAUCUGUGGCCAGCAAAAAGUAGUGAAAACUGCCAUGGUGAAAUUACAUGAUGAAUUGCUCGGUUACUUGAAAGAGUUGUACAGUAAGAAACGGAUUGCUGCAACCCAUCUCAUGAUAUUCAUGAUCUCGGAUGAAUUGCGGAACACAAAACCAUAUGCUGUUCCUGUGAGGUUUUUACCUUACAGUUCCAUAACUGAUGCCAAACUUAGGGAGCUCGAAUUGCAAAUUGAGCAUGUUAUGGUAACUGUGGAUAUGGUAGUUGUUGGUAAGUAUUUAUUUGGUAUUAUACUGUUAUGUAAUGCUGAAAUUAGUAAAAUUGCAAAGUUUGUUUGCGAAAUGUGGUAAAGCUUGGAAAAUAUAGCCUUGUGAAGUUUGCACAUUUUGUACAUGUUUUGUGUAUGUAUUACGUGCGGAAAUUACCAUUUUCGGCUUAAAAGUGGUAGCAAUUUCCGCACGUAAUACAAACAUAUACAAAAUUUGCAAACUUCGCAAGGCUAUAUUUUCCGUAUUUUACAACAUUUCGUAACCAAAUUUGGCAUAUUUACUAAUUUUUAAUAAGUUCUUUUCGGGACUUUCUUUUUUUUUGCCUACAUCAUUUGCCUACAUCAUCCAUUCUAUUCACACUCCUUACAAGUUAAUGAGUUAUUACAAUCCAUAUUUGUUUAUAUGACAUAUAGGUUUUACUACAGACGGUGAAUUCAACUCAUUGAGAACAAAUGGAAUAAACCGCCCUGUUUCAGUUACUGAAUUCAUUAAGAACUCGAAGAAGAAAGCUACAACUCUAACUGUGGAUACUAUAAGCAAUUGUUUUGCAAUGGAUCCGAACGGUACGUACUUCCUAUAUAUUUUAUUUCCCUAAAAACUUUAUAUCUUUUUGGAGAUACUGUACAUAUAAGGGAGCAAUGCUGACGUAAGGGCAUUAUCAGUCCAGCCAAUACAGUGGCAGUUUCAUUAAAUUGUUAUCAUUGAUAUGAAUAUUUAUUAUGGGAGGCAUAAGUGCCCCUUUUUAAGGCGAGAGGAGCCUUUUCCAGGCCCGCCGAGAGAGAUGGGGGGGGGGGACAAAUUUCCUAUUUUCUGUGGGCACCCAGUCAUAUUUAUGUUUUUCGGGCAAAGUACCGAAAUUUGGUAUGGAAAAAGUUGUGGAAAGUGACACGAAAGCAACUAAAACGUUAUUGUCCGUAAAAAAUUUCCCUGCUGGCAGCCGUAUAUGUACAGUACCUUGUAAAUCUGUGGAAGCACUUUUGAUAUUUUCAAUCAUACUGAUAGUUCGGGAAAAUAUCUCACUUUAGGAAAUCCUAUCAAACGACAUCCAUCAGUACCUUUGGAAGAUGUGAUAUGUUUACACGAAUUCAUGUCAUCAGGAGCAGAUGAACCAAUGUCAUUCUACAAUGCACUUCUUCUACUUAGAAGAACGUUGUUUCCAUUCUGUCACGAUCCAUGUCCUUGGGUUAAAGGUAUCCGUAACAUAUUUGAAAUUAAUCAAAAGCUUUUUUGUAAAUUUGAAAAUAAUUUUGAAACAAAAUGAACCACGUUUCGAUGCUUAAGCGCGUGCGUCAAACGUCGUUUAAUUAAAUUUAAUAUUGCUAAAAUUAAAUUGACAAUUACUGUAUUUAACAAAUAUGCGCCGAAGGCGAGGUGAUUAUGGGGGAAUAUUCGCCUAGACGAAGUCGAGGUGAAUAUUCCCCGAUAAUCACCGAGCCUGAGGCGAAUAAUUGUUUUAGUAUUUUUGUGUUUUUUGGGACUGAAUUUAUUUUAAUUUCGCUCAUUUCUUUAUCAGUAUAACUAACGUCCACAAAACGGCUAUAGCCACCAUUUUGAAAAUUUCGGUUUUGUUAUAUUCACCUGUAGGUGAAUAUUAUAUUCACCUGUAGGUGAAUAUAACAGCUUAAUACGUCAAAUUUGACCAAUCAACUUGUACAGUAGGACUUGUUAUGUUCACUUGUGAAAAAAUACUAAAGAAUAUUUAAAAUUGACAAUACACCCUUCACGUCACUUUGGCUGUAGACCCUUGUUUUCGUGUAUGUGACAGCAGUAAAAGGCCACGUCUCAAUCACGAAAACGAGGCUCUAUAAGUUGUAAAUAAGUUGUUUUAACAUUUAAUCGUUAUCAAACUUCAUUCCUAAAUAUUUAAAUUCAGAUACAUGCUUUAUCGUUUAAGUUUUCUUUCAUAGAUCAAUUAAAGGUAUCUGUGGUCUUACGCGUGAGCUGAUUGUUGGCCUCACCGCUAAUCUGGAAAGUCGGGAACUGCGGCGAGUAGAAUAUAUGGAAAGAGGUUUGCGCCCAGAGCACCCAAGAGCGUCUUCUAGCGACGACGUCGAAGGUUUUGUGGCACUUUUGCAUGAAGUAUUAGGUCUGGAAUUUGACCUCAAGCAAUUUUACAGCGAAUCGACAAAGAUCCUGAAUGAGUUCAGGAAAAGAAUAGAUCCAAACCUGGCAUUUUACUAUUGGACAGGUGUAAAAGAUCGUUACAGAGAUUUUGAGCUGCCAUCUUUUAACAAGCCUACUGGACCCGGAAUUGUUGAAAGGCUGGACCAAGUACCAUUCUCCCGUAGAGGUGAUCGCGGGGUGUUUGUUGCUAAUCGAGCUUCCCUUCCACAGCGGGGUCAGCUGACAGCGCGAGCGAAAUUUCAUAAAGCUCCAGUUGAACUACCACCGUCAAACGCUCUAUGCAGGGGGUAA